GUGGACCACACCAGCAGAAGCAGCUUCUGCUUUUACUGUAGGAGCAAACAGCAAGCACACAGCGUGGGAAAUCAGCGAGCAGCCAGAGACAAACGGGAGCGUCUCGCUGGCAUGCUCUUGACUCAGAAAAGCAAAUACCACCCAAGGACAAAGUGAUCUGAUGGAGGUGACUGAGGGAAAGGCUGGGAAGCCCCUGAUUUCACACCAGCACAUGCAAGGGUACACAGGGAUGAGCGAGCACUGGAGAAAGAGCUGAACGCCUGCUUCUGCACAGCCCUGACAUUUCCGAAAGUAAAGGUUGGCCAGGAGAGGUGCUGCCCGUUUGUGCACUGGCCACGGGCUCAGGACAAUAUUGGGACUGCCCCAACCUGAGCUCACUUUUCUGCCUGACUCCUGCAGUGUUCUUCCCAGGAGCAGAUGAGAGGGAUGAAUUUUGGCAAAUGACAGCAAAGGCACUGACUCCACGCCGAGCAUCCUGCCCUCACGGGAAUGGCCAUCAUGUCCCAGAGGAGCCCCGGCAGUCAGGGAUGCACAGGCAGAGCAGAUGGGAAGAAGAGUUUUUAUAAAGGUGGGGAUAAUGAGGAGCUUCAUGAAAUAAAGUUUGGAGAGAGAAAGCUCAGCUUUUUUUGGGCUGACUUUAUUCAGAGGGUCUUCACACCCACUUCCUUCUGAUGUCUUCUUUCUGUAUAGUUACUGAAUUCUGGUCCUUCGCCUCUAUUUAAAAACAGAAAGUAAUUAAAACUGCCUGGAAACUACAAGAGCAGCAAGAAGUAUUUGAAGACAUUGAGAGACAAGAUAUAUGGAAACCUUCUGCUUGUAGAUAGGCUGUUUUCCCAAAGGUGGAAACUACAGGAGUAUGUAGAUGAGAGGGAAAAUCUCCCUGCCAGAUCCCAUUGAAAUCUCCAUUUUGGGCACUGCUGCUCCGCUGCUGCUAAGGUCCUUCCAUCGUCCCACUGCAGCGAGCAGAGCCAACACUGGGCAACCCUCUAAAAUGUUUAUUUGGACCAGUGGCCGGAGCUCUACAUCUUACAGACAUGAUGAGAAAAGAAAUAUUUACCAAAAAAUCAGGGAUCACGAUCUACUGGACAAAAGGAAAACAGUCACAGCCCUAAAAGCUGGAGAAGACCGGGCCAUACUCCUCGGGCUGGCCAUGAUGGUGUGCUCUAUCAUGAUGUACUUUCUCCUGGGGAUCACUCUGCUGCGCUCCUACAUGCAAAGUGUCUGGACAGAAGAGACUCAGUGCUCACUUCUCAAUGCAUCCAUCACAGAAACCUUCAACUGCUCAUUUAACUGCGGCCCAGACUGCUGGAAAAUCUCUCAGUACCCCUGCCUCCAGGUGUACGUUAAUCUCACCUCUUCUGGCCAGAAGCUCCUACUCUACCACACUGAGGAAACAAUGAAAAUUAAUUCUGAGUGUUCUUACAUCCCCAAGUGCGGGAAGAAUUAUGAGGAGUCCAUGUCUCUGGUGAAUGUCGUGAUGGAAAACUUCAGGAAGUACCAACGUUUCUCCUGUUUCUACGACCCCGAGGGCGUUCAGAAGAACGUGAUAUUAACCAAACUGUACAGCUCCAAUGUGCUGUUCCACUCCCUGUUCUGGCCCACCUGCAUGAUGAUCGGCGGGGUCGCCAUCGUCGCGAUGGUAAAGCUGACUCAGUACCUUUCCCUCCUCUGUGAGAGAAUCCAAAGGAUCAACAGAUAGGAAUGAAAACUUCUCUGAAAUUUAACUACAGCGAAAAAAUACUGUUUUCUCAUUCUUCACCAAAGAACCUUAAGUUUGUAAUGUGCAAGUCUGUUAUAAGUUCCUUACGAUAUUCUUAUAAGUAGAGCAAUAAUGCAAAAGCUGUUCUAUAUGCAAACAUGAUGUUAUUAUUAUGCAGACAACUGAAGAAGUUACUGUUUUGUGUUGACCGUCUAUAUGAUCUUGUUUUAUGCUGGGACUAGUAAUUCUUUCUUUUCUACAGCCAAAAUAGGGCUCAGUGUGACAAUUUGCCAAGCUUAGUCAAUUGACGUUUUCAAUGUAAAGAAUUCUGGGGAAAAUUCACCACUGGACAAAGGGCAGCCAAUCACUUGUGCAUCAUUGAGGUCUCACAUCCAGCUUGGUCCAUUGAAAGGAUUUAUGGCUUUGGCUUUUUUAUUAAUGGCCGCAGGGGGGAAAAAAGCACUGAUAAAGGGGAGGUUUUUUGUGGUAAGAUGGCACAAAAAGGAUGUAUACUGAGGCCAAGAUAAGUGUACAGUAUUUUCAGCCUCAGCAGGACUUGGUGAUGCUUUGUGUUUGCUCCCACAGUUCAGAAGUAAAUUGUGCCCUAUGGUGUUUAAGGUCUUUUGGAAAACACUUUGGAGUUUUGUUGUGUUUUGUUUAGUGCUAUAAUUUCCUUCUGUCUUAUCAACAUAAUCUUUGUCACUUGCAGAAGCUGUAGCCAAAAAACAAAAAAACACCUUGUUCCAUUUUCUAUUCUAUUCUGAGCCCUAUUGAUGGAGGUGGGACCAGAACUCCUUAUGUAAAGGUUUAUUACUCAUUUGUCUUGUAUUUGCUACCAUAUCAUUGUAAAGAAAAAAAUAACACAAUCAGCUAUUUUUUCAUUUUUUACUUCCAACUAUUUUAGAUUUUUUUACUUGAUAUAUAUACAGAUAUAUAUAUAUAUAAAGAAAAAGCUAUAUUAUAUCUAGUUGUGUAUUGGAACUUGUUUAUGGGGGUUUUUUCCUUUGUUUUUACCCACUGGAAAAUGAACAGUACAAGUCAUGUAUUUAUAACCUUCAUCCUUGGAUAAUAUCAUAACAUGGAGGAGCAGCACUGCAGGAUCUUAUCCAAUAUUCAUGAUGUUGUUUCAGUCAAAGGUCUCUGUUGCUAUGACAUGGGAAUUGACAAAAAUCUUAUCCAAUUCUGUGGCUCUAUUAACUGAAUUGUUAGAUAAUCAUCAUAACACAUCUGGAAGUCUCUCCUGACCUUAACUCAGUAUGCAGUGCUGGCUGACAUGAAUUAUGAUUUAUAAGGCCCAGGUGCAAUGAUUUAUUGGAAAAACUGAGAUUCUGACUAAAAUGUUGUCCUAUCUGUCAAAUAUUUACCACAGUAUACUUGCCAGUAUAAUUUCAUGCACGAUUUCUGCAUAAUUUAUUUUUAUUCCCCUAUAGAAAGCAUUCCUUCUUAUGUUUUAAAGACACUUCUCUCAGUUUCUCGCAUUGCACCCAGCUUGAAGGACAAAAGCAAGGCAGAUCCUGGGAGCACACUGUGAACUCAUUAUCCAGUAGCUCAAAGAAACCAUAUGCAGGCCUACUCAAACUAAGAAACUAACAUUUUUCCCUUCAAAAAGACUGCAAAACAAGUAUUUUGCCUAUUUCAUCUCUCUCUAUAUAAGUACCUUUCUGCAACAUGGCAUUAAAAAUUUCAAGAUGUUACAAAACAAGUCAUGCAAGUGUAACGUGAGCUGUAAAAAAAAAAUAUGAGUUCUCAGCAGUGAAAAUGAACCUGCAAUCUUGUAAUCAGUAGUACAAUUUUCCUUAGGUAAUUAAAUUCCUUGGGGGCGGGGGUAUGAUGAAGGUUCCAAAAAUAUGUAAUAAAAAUAUUAAAUUAAA